AUGAAGCUCCUCACUCUCUUCUUCUCGCCGUCGCCGUCCCCCCCCGCCGAGGCGUGCAAGUGCCUCGGCAAGAAGGGCCACAACAACGUUCAGCACACCCACAAGUGCUGCAACCAGCUCGACGGCUCGUUCCAAGGCGGAAACGACUGCGAGGCCAGCUCCAUCUCGGAGCACCUCCGCGAGUUCAGGGCGUGUGCGAGAACCACGGCAGCAAGACCUCCGACUGCGACUUCCCGCCUUAAUUUAAGUCAAUCACGCACCAGUCAGACGCAGUUCAUGCAGCGGCAUCCGUAG